AUGACCAUAUCCGCACAGAGCCACACGGAACCCCCAGACGGGAACUUUGACCACCUUCGAACUGCCACAUCUAGCUACCGUCUCAAUCAAAUUGAAAAGAUACGAGCGAAUGGAGUGGGAGACUUAGUGGCAUUGCCCCAAUUGGUGGUUUGCGGAGACCAAUCGGCGGGGAAGAGCUCGGUCUUGGAGGGGAUCACCGGAAUACCGUUUCCAAGGCAAGAAGGAUUGUGCACUAGGUUUCCUACCGAGAUCACACUUAGGCAUACCGAAUCCAACUCGACUACCAUCACUGCUAGCAUACGGCCCCAUGUCUCGCGAACCGAAGAGGUCCAGCAAACAUUGGCAUCCUAUCGCAAAGAUGUUAAGGACAUGUCGGAGUUGCCAGCAAUCAUUCAUGAUGUUUCGCAGCUCAUGAAUAUUAGAGGAUACAGUGGUAGCGACAAAGGAUACGCUUUUGCCCCUGAUGCGCUUCGCAUUGAAAUUUCCGGUCCCAUCGGUUUGCAUCUCAGUGUCGUGGAUUUGCCGGGGCUCAUAUCAGUUUCAAGUGAGGAACAGACAGACGAGGAUGUCGAAGCUGUCUACGACAUGGUAACGUCAUAUCUCCAAAGUUCGCGUACAAUCAUUCUUGCAGUCCUUCAAGCUGGAAACGACAUGGCAAACCAACCCAUUAUCAAGUUGGCGAGGAAGCAGGAUCCGCAAGGCCAGCGGACAGUUGGAAUUAUCACCAAACCAGACCUCAUUAACGAGGGAGCCGAAGCAAAGAUUGCACUUGUCGCAAAGAAUCAGGACUCUAUAAAACUUAAGCUUGGCUUCUUUAUCCUCAAAAAUCCCAGCCCUUCGGAGCUCAAGGAAGGGUUGAGCAUGGACGCACGUUCUAAGCGCGAGCUGCGGUUCUUCUCCAGCCCCGUUUGGAACAGCCAAAAUCUCGACAUGGAGCGAGUUGGAGCGGAGAACCUCAGAAGUUUUCUGCAAGAUCUUCUUGACACUCAUAUAGAGAGGGAAUUACCUAAAGUACGGGACGAGGUCAAGAAAAGCUUAGCUGUAACAGAAGCCGAGCUCAGGUCUCUUGGAGAAGCUCGACCCACGAUUGCCCAAAUUCGGGCAUAUCUCACAAGCUUAAGCAUGAAAUUCUACGAGCUGUUGCAAGCAGCGAUGGAAGGGAAUUAUCAUAGUAUCGACGCCGAGUUUUUCGAUUCCACAGAUUCACGGCUGCGAGCUACUGUUCAGGAAACGAAUACGAAGUUCGCGGCUUAUAUGCGACAGUCCGGACAAGCGCGGAAGAUCAAAACAGGCGGUGAACCUGAGGGCUCAACACCUGAGCCUGAUAGUUCAGAUGCCGAGUCAGCUGACGAAACAGCUCAACUUAUUGUAAGCAAAACAGGGUGGAUGCGCUGGGUGAAGCAGGCAUAUUCCCGCACCAGAGGAAAGGAGCUUCCCGGCAAUCACAACUCUGCAUUUCUUGCUGAGCUCUUCCACGAACAGUCACGUAGAUGGCCGAAUAUCGCAGAGACACAUAUUCGAGAGGUCCUCAAUAUUGUGUCGCAAUGGAUCCAUCGGGCUAUCGAAAGAUUGAUUCACGAAGUUACUGUGCGGGGACAAAAUGCACGACUGGACACUCAGAAGACCGCCGUGAAGAACGCAGUGGCGAUGAAGACCUUUAUUAACAACGUGGCGCGUUAA